CAAAGAGCGGUGCUCUCCGGCGGCUCAUUUCUUGCCAAAACGAUUGCGGCGUCGUGCGGCAACGAGCGACUGAACCAAGCACGCGAACCUUAGUUUUGGACCACUGCCGUCCUCUGAACGAGAUAUUCUAGCCAGAGAUGGCAUUCCGGACGCUCCGCAGCCUCAGCAGACACAGCAGCACAUUUGCAUCCCUCAACGGCGUGCCGACGCCCGCGGCAUCGCUCAAGUGCAGCAUCUGGGACGUCACGUUCCAGCGCGGCGACGGCGUCUUCGAGGCCGUAAGGGUCGUCCAGGACCGCGACGGCGUGCCGGCGCCGAGGGCCGUGUCGUUGCAUCUCGAUCGAUUAGAACGCUCAGCUGCCGCAUUGGAGCUCAAACUGCCGCCGCGCGCCCACCUCGAGAGCUGGCUGCGGGACGCGGCGCGCAACGGCGGCCAGGGCGGAUACGUGCGGCUCAUGGUGACGCGCGGCGGUGGGAGCCAGGGCUACGGCGACCACCUCGCCGAUUUGGACGCCCCCGCAAACGCCUUUUGUGUCUGGCAGCCGAUUACUGCGGACGACGCCAAGACGUUCGCGCUCGAGCCGAUCUGCGCGCCAUGGCAUCCGGCCGGCUUCAGCAAAGACUGGGCGACGAUCAAGUGGCUCGCCUAUGGGGCCAACAUGCACUCGGCGCGCCUGGCUCGCAGGACCGGUGCGGACGACGCGCUGUUGCUGGCCCGCGGCUGGGGUGUUGCCGACGACGGUCCGCUCGGCGACCGUGCAGUGCUCGACGGGCCGAACUUUGCCGUGGCCUGGCUCGAGGACAAGGUGCUCAAGGUCCCUUGUUGGAGACGCUUAGGCAUGCUCGAGUCGAUCACGGCGCGACUCCUCCUGGACGCGGCGGCGGCCGAAAACUUCCGCGUCGACGAGGGCGUCCACCGCCUGUCCGACCUGGAACGCGCCGACGAGGUCUGGGUCUUGUCGACGACGAAUGAUCUGACGCCGGUCCGGUCCGUCGGCUACGCUUCGUUCAAAGCGGACCCGUCUUCGCCGGCGCGCCAGAAACUCGUCCGCGCGAUGGCCGAUUGCGCGGCGGCCCUCGGAUAGCGUCGCUGUGCUAAGCUUGUUGUUGAUAAUCUCAUCGAG